UGCUGUAGCUGGGUGGUCGAGGUUGGUCAGUGUUGUCAGAAAGACAGCAUGAGACCCUACUUUGCUCAGACCAUGCAAGCAUUGGAAUAUUUCAAGGCAAAGACAGUUUGACAGCUCGCUCAAAGAAAAGAAACAUGUGGAGGACUCUGACACUUUCACUGAUAGUUGCACUGACAUUGGGCACAGAGGUGUCCCAGUGUGAGGAUGUCGGGCCCAUGGUGGCUGGUGAGAAUGCAGUGGAGAAGCAGCAGGAGAACUUCAGCGACAUCUCCAACGUGCUAGGAACGUCUCGACACCAGAUCCUGGCUGCUCAAUUUGAGUGCUACCUGAAGAUAAUCCAUGAUCCACCACAUACAGUAGAAGGGAAUUACUGUAACCGUACGUGGGACGGCUGGCUGUGCUGGAGGGAUUCAGCUCCAGGGACUGUCAUGCAGAUGUGUCCUGAAUACUUUUUGGACUUUGACCCUGCGGAGAAGGUAACCAAAGUGUGUAAUCCUGAUGGCCAGUGGUUCCACCACCCGGAGAGCAACCGAGUUUGGUCUAACUACACCCAGUGUCAGGCCUACACCAAAGAUAAACUCAAGUUUACAUUGAGUCUCUACUACCUAGCCAUGGUGGGUCAUGGCCUGUCUAUUGUCACCCUGAUCAUCUGUCUGAUCAUCUUCUCCUACUUCAAGAGUCUUAGUUGCCAGAGAAUCUCCCUCCACAAGAACAUGUUUCUCUCCUUCAUCUUGAACUCCAUUGUUACAAUCAUGUGGCUCUCACUCACUGUGGACAAUAACCAAGCCAUAAGCACCAGCUACCCUGUGAGCUGCAAGGUCCUGGCUGUGCUGACUCAGUACACAUCUACUUCCAACUACUUCUGGAUGCUGUGUGAAGGCAUCUAUCUCCACACGCUCAUCAUUGUGGCCGUCUUUGUCGGGGAGCAGCAGCUCUUCUGGUACUACGUCCUGGGAUGGGGUUUUCCCAUUGUUCCUGCCACCACGUAUGCUGUAGCACGCGGGCUCUUCUUUGACGAUAAGUGUUGGAUCAGCUCACACACACACCUUCACUACAUCAGUCAGGGGCCCAUUCAAGCUGCACUACUUGUGAACCUUUUCUUUCUCCUGAACAUCGUGCGGGUUCUAAUCACCAAGUUGAAAGAGACCCACUGUGCUGAGUCCACAGCCUACAUGAAGGCGGUGAGAGCCACCCUCAUCCUGAUUCCUCUGCUGGGAGUCCAGUUCAUCCUUUUCCCCUGGAGGCCAGAGGGACAAAUCAGCCGGGCCGUCUUUGAUUUCUUUGUAAAUAUCUUCAGCCACUUCCAGGGACUCCUGGUGGCAAUUAUUUACUGUUUCUGCAAUGCUGAGGCCCAGUCAGCUCUGCGGAGGAAGUGGGCACAGUGGAAGUCUGCCUGGGGUAAAACCGGCUGGGGAAAAACAACCACCAACUACCACUUUAACUCCCACAACAACUCCUCCAUUACCGAAACCAGCCGCGCCACCAUCAGCUUGGAGCAGCCUGCUGCGUCUCCUACUGAACAUAAAGAAAAUAGCCACUUCCUGUUCCAGGUGCCGCAAAAAGCCAACGGGCAGCAGAAGACAUGCAGCAACGGGGAGGUGGACAUGCUCAACCAGUUGGAGACCACCAACAUCUGACUGGAGAAAGGUGAUGGUUGCGGUGCUUAAACACACACACACACACACACACACACACACACACACACACACACACACAAUCCCUUAUAUGUAGACACAGAAAGGCAGAAGAGUAAAAAACAGAGAGGUUGCAGGUGAUUUUUUUUAACAAAGUUUGGGCAGUUUAUGUACAGCCUGUACAAAAUAUCUGAAAAGCACACAUACACGUUUUUUUACAGCUCCAGCUUUUGGGCCGUAUGAACUGAUGACAAAAAAAAUAUUUAUAUCAUGGUGUCAUCCUGUAAUCCUAGUAUAGUAAUGGUUUCUGUGUACGUGUUCUGUCACUGUCACAUUGUUUUUUUUUUAUGUAUUUAGAGAGUUGCAGAUCCCAAACCUGCCAUUGUGAUGUCACAAAUGCAGAGCUGUUUGUAUAAUCUGUUGCCUUAUGAAGCCUGAGUGCUUUACCCGUGCACCACUUUGACAAAUGAAUGUCAUAGCCCACUGAUGUGAUUUAUAUGUUCUUUUACAUGCUUUUAUAUAGGGAAGAUGAUAUAAUCAUCACUGGGCUGCGGGAAAAAAAAAAAAAGCCAGGAUCUCCCUUUCAGAAAAUCAAAACCACACCACACCACACUGAGAGAAUGUGUUAAUAAAAGCAACACAAUCAUGGUUUAAAUUUAGAUUUCCCUAUGACAACAGAAAUAGGAUUUACUCUCAGUCAGAGGAAGUCUAUGAUGGCAGGAAGGCCUAAAGUUUUUAAUAAACACUUACAAACUUAAUUUUGUAGCUCAUGUUAGACUCAUCAGCCCUUGAAAGGCAAAAUGCAGUAAAGACCAGAAUCUGACUUUGUGACAUCUGUUUUACCAUACAAACAAGUAUAACUAGGUGUAUAAUUGCUGCUAAAACAUGGUUGUAACAUAAAAACUAAGCUAAAACCGAAACUGCAGUAAUUAGACUCUGGUUUGCUAAUGUGUUGGCUCUUGAUUAGAAGCCACCGUCACACUUAGGCCUACUGCACUCUCUGUCACAGAUAGACAGCCAACACAACAGCUAAAGAAAGUGACGUACUUCAAGUGCAAGCUAGCUGAUGAAAAAGCCACAGCUAGCCUUAGCUAAAGCUAAAACUAAAAGUAUUUACUGAUUUUUCCAAGCUGUUAUCUGUAACUGAAAAAUAUCCAUUUUGAUGAAUCUGAUAAUUCAGUUUGUUAUUCCACAUAACUAAAUGAGACAGUUGUAAAAGUCAAUGAUGAUGGAGAAAAACAUCAAGUCAUGCUAACUUGGCAGAUAUAUGCAUGAACAAAAGAAAUGCUAUAUCCCAACAUUAUUGCUGUAAAAUAAGUUUGUUAAAGUUGAUGGUCACUCUGCAUGCUUACACAAAUCUUCAGGUUGCCAAAAUAAUGAAUUUACUUUUAUGGCAAGUAAACAGA